AUGCGCAAUCCUGCCGUGAAUCAGACAUCACCACGGUAACCGAACGGUAUUCACCAUUCUCUGCUUUGCCCGUGAACGUCCGCGACGCAACCCUACCGAUCGUCAUCCUCGCACGCAAUUGGUCAGGCAGGCAGACAUGGUGAAGCUGGGCAGUAACCUAGCUGAUAAGCUGGAUAAAGAACAGUCUAUGGACGAUGGCUUUGAUAACAUCCCUCUCAUCACCCCUCUGGAGGUGAACCAGCUGCAACAGCCAUACUUAGACAAGGUAAUCGUGAAGACCACAACAGAGUAUCAGCUGCAGCAGAAGAAAAAGAAGAAGCUGUACGUGCCGGGAAUCAAGAAGCUGAAUAUAAAACUGUACAACGAGGUAUCAGAGAAGGUCAAGCUCACAGGUUUGAUCCUCAUCACCCUUGGGUUCCUGGCUUGUCUUGUCCUGCUGAUCAUGUACAAGGCUCUGUGGUACGAUCAACUUACCUGCCCAGAGGGCUUCGUUCUCAAGCACAAGCACUGCACCCCAGCAGCGGUCCUGGAGCCCUGGUACUACACAGAGCAGCAGCAGCAGGAGGACCCAGGCGUGCCCCCCCGCUCCAGCAGUCUCUACACCGCCCUGGGUCACCUCAACCAGGCCAAGAGGACCGCCGGCGGCGGCAUCAUCCCCGAGCUGCCCCCGUCACCAUGGUUCCCCGUCAUCAACGCCCUGAAGCAAGCCGAGAGGGCCAAAGAGGAGGCGAGUCAUUCGAAGGAGUGAGGGAUGGAGGGAUUUCCAGAGGGAAAGGGUUUAGGAAGGGGGUGAUCAAGGCAGAAUGGAAUAUGGGAUUUCCAAAAGGAAGAGGGGAUGGAGAUGAAGAUGGGUGGGAAAAGUGUUGUUUACUUGGUGGAGUAUGAGGUAUUGUUUGUAACGCUCCAAAUGUCUGUUUAGGUGGCAGCGAUUGUGACUCAUUUGCAGUAAAAAUGAAUCCCCUAUGACGUUAUCAGUGAAGACCACCGCCUUGUGUUAUGUGUGUGCGUGCCUGUGCGAGCGAGAAAGAGAGAGAGAGAGAGAGAGAGAGAGAGAGGUGAGAGAUGUGCGUGUGAGAAGCGUUGGAGAACUGAACAUAACAAGAUUCCCUGAAAUUCUCACUAGAUUGUCCUUAUCAGUCUAACAUGUUUUGAGGUUUUGAGAGUAUCAUUAGUAAUGUGGUCUUACAAGGUUUAGUGUUAUUACAUUUAGAUGGAACUCGACAUGUUUUUUGUAGAUGUUUACAAACACAUUACUGGAAUAAAACGUCUUGUUCUAUUCAGGAAGCACACAGGCCACAUGGAUUUAGAAACCGGAUUGUAAAAACCGUAUUUACCAUGCCCUUUUUUCUCAGUAGAUUUCCCAGCAACUGAACAAUUUGUGUAUGAGGAUUUUGGUACAAUUGGCUACGCGGAACUUGUAUAUUUUUAGGUGGAAGAUAUUGAAAUGACAUCAACCCAUUUGACUUCAGAUGAUUUCGAUUGUAGUAGACUAGCAGCUGUUGCAGGUAGGAUUCAUGUUUCAGAAUUAAUAUUUUAACAGAACAAUAACUACCUAGAGUAUCUGUAUCUUUGUGUUUGCUAGUAUUUAUUUAAUGACCUAUUUAUUAUGAGCUUGCUUUUUUUCUUAAGCAAUUUAUUUUGACAUUUGUUUGAUUUGGGUGAAAAGCUGGAAGGAUUUCUUUUGGGAUUUUUUAAAAUAGUGAAUAAAAUGCAAUUUAAUUCACAUCAAGUUUGCAUUAAUCCUAAUUCAUCAUAACAACUGGCAGUAUUUUCACCAUGGAUCAGAUUGUAAAUAUGAAUGUGAUACUGUCAUUAUGUCACCAUUCACCACCCAGCGUUAAUAAACCUUGUUCUGUUCUGAGUGCCAAACGUUUGUGUCAGACCCAUCAAUAAAGUGUUAGGCUUUCUCAUUCAUA